CCAUUGUAUUCUUCUCUUAUUUUUUCUUGGCCAUCAUAGUCAAUCUCAUUUUUUGUGGAAAACCCAGAAGAAGAAAAGGCCAAAAUGCUAGCUUUUAAAAAAUCCAAAUAGCUGAUUUAACUCUUACUUUCUUUGACCUUAGAUAUAUAGUACUUGUUAUUUUGAGCAUAAACUGUUUGCUGACAUCUGCACAUAACUUGUUCGAUAAAAUUCCUGAACGACUAGUCUUUGUGUUUCUGAAGUUUUAACGCAUGUUUCAGGUAUUAUGUAGUGGCCAUUUUGCAAGAAUGGCUCUGGUGAAUGCUCCUGCACUGCAAUUCAAGUCUUCAGCUAUGUUUGGGAUCUCUUCAAAACCAUUUAACUUCCUUCCCAUGCAGAGUAGAAGUAAGGGUUUCUCUGUGAGGCCAUUGGUUGUUGAAGUGAGAGCAAGAGCAAGAGCAAGAACAAGAAAAGAAAGUGCAAAAAUCAGAAAUAUAAGGAUGCAAAAGAAGUUUAAUGGCACACCUACGAGUCCAAGGCUUUCGGUAUUCUGUUCAGAUAAGCAGUUGUAUGCUAUGCUGGUAGAUGAUAAAAAUAAGAAGUGUUUGUUUUAUGGAAGCACUUUGCAGAAAUCUAUUCGUCAGAAUCCCUCUUGUACCACCAUAGAAGCUGCUAAGCUUGUUGGUGAGGAGCUUGUCAAAGCUUGUAAUGAUCUAAACAUAAAUGAAAUAUCAUCUUAUGAUCGCAAUGGUUUUGCUUGUGGGGAAAGAAUGCAAGCAUUUGAGAUAGCAAUUUCUCGUCAUGGGUUCUUGCCACGAUAGAUUUGUAUCUACAUCAAAUUGAGCACUAGAUAAUUUUUGUAACUAGAGCUCUGCAAUAAAGAACUCGGUUAACUUCUUGCUAGCUA